CAAUAUUGAAAACAUUCAAAACAACGUUAGACACGAUUAACAAGUUACGAUACAUUAACUUAAUUAACAAAACAUUAAAAAAAAAGAAAUUUAUCUUUGCAAAUUUCAUUCCAUAUUUAGUAGUUGGUCAAUUGCGGUAAAAUUAUGAGUUCAUCGGAAACGGAAAGCGAGUUAGAAGGCGACGAUGGUUACGAUCAACUAUAUUCGGAUUCUGAUGCUGAUGACAUAGACUUGCCCAAAUGGUACGAAAGCUUACCGUCGUUCGGAAAUUGCACCAAACUUCCGGCGUCCGAAAUCGAAGCCCUGCGAUCAGAAGCGGAAAAAGUGUUGGAACAUCAGCCACAGACCGAUAAAAAGAAAUCAUGGAUAACCGAGAUCGCGAAACAAGGUACGUAUUCAGACAAAAUUGCAGCACUCACCAUAAAGAUCCAAGAAGAUCCUUUGCACAACAUCGCCGCGUUGCAGAAUCUUGUGCACAUGGUAAAAAUUGGCAAAAAGCAACAGUGUUCUCUCGUCAUUGAUUCUUUAACAGAAUUAUUCACCAGAGUAUUAUUGAAAUCCGAACUGUUACCUUUUGAACAUCAACCGUUGAGCGAGUUGUCAAAGGUGGACGACUUGAAACAACGUAAGCUGUUGCUUAGCUCUUGGUUGUUUGAAGAAAAACUGAAAAAUUUAUACUCUGGUUUUGUCGAAGCUCUAAGUACUGUUGGAUUAGACUCAGUGCCGGUAAAUCGGGAAAAAAGUAUCUCAGCCAUGUACAAAUUAUUAAUCAGUAGCACUGAAUGUGAAAUGCAGAUUGUUAAAUAUCUUGUAAACAAAUUUGGUGAUACAGUUCAUAAGGUUGCUUCAAAAGCUAUGUAUACAUUGCGGCUUGUUUUGAAACAUCGAUCAAAUCUCAAUCUAACUAUUUUUGAAGAAGUGAGAAAAUUACUAUUUCGUUCAAACAUCAAACAAAGAGCUCAAUACUAUGGUAUUUGCUUUUUAACUCAAAUCGACACUAAAGAAAUGGCAAAAGAAGUAAUUGAACUUUAUUUGUCAUUCUUCAAAGCAUGUGUAAAAACAGGAGCAAUUGAUUCGCGACUCAUAGGAGCUUUACUAGUUGGUGUUAAUAAAUCGUAUCCACAUGUCAGAAGUGGUAUUCAGUCAGAACAAAUACAAACAAUGUACAAAAUUGUCCAUUUAGCUCCAUUCAACAUAUCUUUACAGGCUUUGUUGUUGAUCAGGCAAUUGGAAAAUAAUGAUAGGUACUAUAGUGCACUGUAUAAAAAAAUAUUUGAUGAAAGAUUGAUCAGUACGUCACAUCAAGCUAUAUGUAUUCAUUUAAUUUACAAAUCCAUUUGGGAUGAUAAAUGUCCCGAACGUAUGGUAGCUUUCAUGAAACGUAUAUUUCAAAUGUGCUUAUAUUGUCCAGUUCCUAUGGUUACUGGAAUAUUUUGUAUGUCGUCGCGAUUAAUGAAGAAACAUAAAGGUAUACUUGGUAAAUCUAAAUUCGAAGACAUUGAAUCUGAAAUUAUUCCAAAACCAUUACCUAUUUUAAAUGAUACAAUUAAAGAUGAAGAAAUUGAAGAAGAAAAAUAUUUUGAUGUACAAUCAAAUUUAACAGACUCAACUGAAACGCCUUUAAAAUCUUCUUGGUAUCAUGUUAAAGCUCCUCAAAUAAUAAAAGAACCACAAUUACCAGAAGGGCCCAAGGAACGAGAAAUUAAAAAUUUUUAUGAUUAUACCGCUAGAAAUCCAAGAUUUUCAGGAGGUGAACAUGCAGUUUUAGCUGAACUUAUUCCUCUAAGCCGACACUAUCAUCCUACUGUUGCAACUUUUGCUAAUAGACUAAUAUCUGGUAAAUCGAUAUAUUAUGAUGGUAACCCUCUAGCAGAUUUCACUUUAUUACAUUUUCUUGAUCGGUUUUCAUUCAAAAACCCUAAAAAACCUAGACAAGGACAGGGUGAAGGUGAAGAAAAUGAAGAACUAUUUAGAUCGGUUGGUACAUCUAGAAAACACUAUGCCCCUAAAGGGUUAAAAAGCAUGUCUGUAGUUAGUGAAGAAUAUUUAAGACAUGAAGAGAAACAAAUACCUUUAGAUGAAGUAUUCUUAUACAAAUACUUAAAACAAAGACCAAAACAGAAUAAAAAUGUUGAAAAUCCUGACGAAGAUGGGUUUAGUGACGUUGACAGUGUUAAUAGUGAUGAUUUUAAUGAGUUAUUAGACGGCAUGAUGGGUGCUAAGAAAAAGAAAAAAUAUGAUUUUUCACGUGGUUUUGAGAAGGAAGCUAAAUCUAAAAAAGUCAAGCAACCCAUAGAAGAAUCUGAUAGUGACGAUGACAAUGAUGAUGAAUUUGUGGUUCCACGUAAAUCAAAGAACUUGGCAGACUUAGCUGUGCCUGCUGAAAAGUUUGCAGCCAUGUUGGAUGCAGCUGGCAAAAAAAAAUCUGGCGGAAGAGAUGACAUAUUAAUAAGAGACAAUGCUUCAAAAAAACAAUUAGAAUGGGAAAAAAAGAAAAGUGGUGGAAAGCGGAAAAGAUUAGAAGAUGGUAGAAAAAACAGAAAACGACAUCGUAUUCAAAACCGAUAAUUGCAGUGUUAUCAAUUAAUGUUAAUUUAAUAAAUAUUUGAUGUUUUUGAA